GGGAGUGAGAGGAAAAAGGAGAGACAGAGAGAGAGAGCGAGAGAGAGAGGAGGAGGUAAAAAGGCAAGACAUAGUAGGACUGACAGUGUUGGAGGCAGCAUACUGGAGCAUACUGCUGUGUUGUGAUUAUGGAGUGAGCGUGGAGCGGCCGGACCAAAACAAGAGGAGAAGGGAUUACAAUGAGGACACAGCUAGGCUUGAUGCCUGAUCAAUAAAAGGUAGGAUAGUUUAGAAUCUGAGCCUUUUAAGCACAGGGGGCUUACUAAGCAGCGCUGCUUUGCAGAACUGACUGCCUGCAGACUCCUUUGAGUUUGCAUUCUGCCACCAAGGGAUUUGAGAUAUGAAGACAAAGUCACUCGAAACCUUGAGGACACUGUGAUGACACACAACAGAAAAGCGGACAACUAGCUCCUGACAUUUGGACUCAAGAAAACGAGACAUCCCCGCAGCAGGAUCGAGCAAAAUCACUCAGGCGGAUGUAAUGGUGUGGAAACGCUGCCGCUCUCUCGAUUCGUAAAAGGUUUUUGAGUCAGCCACACAAGGGAUGGGGAGACGAGCGGCCGACCUGACAACUUCGGUUCCAGUUUUAGGUGUCCCCGCCCUGGUUGGAGUGCGUGGCUGGAGGACAACGGGAGGCGGCAGAAGCAGAGGAGCCCUGCUGCAGACGUGGGGACCUCAGUGCAGCAUUGGUGUUCAGACGUCCCCAGGGAUCAGCAGACAAUCCACCCAGCACGGUGUACAGCUAACCGACACACUCUCGACGCCAUCAGAUAACAUUACUCAAACGACCAAGAGCUACAUUACGAAGGAGACGGAGUACGAGGAGAUAUUACUGCUAACAAAGAGUGACAAAGAGAAAAGGACUCUUUUAAAACAGAAAAAUGGGGAAUCCAAGACCAAAAAGGAAGUGACUUUCAAAGCACUUGGAGGUGAGGCCUCUCAGGAUGUGGCCUGCAGUCAGAGGAGCAGUUGUGGGACUUAUUGCUAUGCCAGGGCAAUCAAGACCAACCCACACCUUGCGGUAACCAACGUCAGGCCCAAAUUGAAAUCUGCCACCCGCUACACAAAUGGCAGCGUGGUAGAUUCGGAGGCGAUUGGUGGGAUUAGCGUUCAUAACGAUGAGGCAGAGCCUGCAAACUCUCGUGGAAGAGACCAAACAAGACUGCAAGGUCACUAUGCGGAGCGGUGUGAGAAGACGCUGCUGUUAUCUUCCGACCCACCUUUCAGUGUGACACAAAAGAUAUGCUGCCAUUGCGGAGGCAGACAGUCUGUAACUGCCGGAGUUGCGACUUUAGUGGAGAAAAGCUCCGCUGGUGAUGCUUGCCUCGGAGAGAAACCAUUAAAGGCAGCCCUCACCUCGCUCUCCAACACCACGCAUGUCCCCAUGCCGAACAUUGAGAAGGACAUUAAGCCAAGCCAUUAUGAGAUCUCUGAGAGCAUCAUGUACAGAGACAAAAGGACACAUGUUAAUCCACAACUGUUAUAUAUCAGUGAAGAACUAAAGUAUGGAAAAGCACCACACCCAGCAUGCCCAGUGCACUCCAGGGGCAACUUGGUCACUUUGUCGCAGACACAUGCUGCAAUCGAUGCGACAUCGCCUCAACCCACUGCCAUCCUACAUGCUACAACCAUCACGGUCACUAAAGCAACUAUUGAAACAAGACAAGAGGAUGCCAGUACAAAAUCUUUGGCAAAACCAUCCCAGGACAGUAAGAUCCCCCGGCCAACAAGCCUCACGUUGACCCCACAGAUGGCCACGGCUACCAAACCGAACAACCCGCAUUCACACACUUAUCCUAAGCACCCCCGGAUACCCCAACACAACUCUACGCAACGCAGCAUGCCUCAAAAUGUGUGCACGUCUGUACACGCUACGCCCGAAGGUGCUCUGUCGCCACCUUCUCGUUUGCACACCGCAGCUACCGGACUUGGAAACACAACCAUCGACAACAUGCUGGAAACAAUCACAAGCUUCAAUACCGCACUGAUGUCCACUGAAAGUAUACCCGCCGAAGUUGCUCAACGUGAAACAAAUGCAGCGCGAGUAAACACAGCAACAAAAACAACUCAUAGCCCACGAAUGACCCCAAAACGUCCCAACUUAGCACUGGCAGCCAAUGCAUCAGACCCCAUUCAUAAACAGGAAACAACUGCGCCACAUUCACCCGCGAGCCCACCACAUACACCACGCGCUCCAGAUCAUACGACGCAAGAAAAGCCGUGCUCAAAUGUAGACAGCAAAUCACCAGGUGAAGUGUCUUUUAUCGACACUGUAAUGGCCUCAACUGUAUUCCCCACACCACACACAAGGACGCCACAUCCACUUCUCAGCACCGUUGUCCCACGCAGCACAUUGAAUCACAACACUAACCCAGAUCAUAUAAGCACUAAACAUAAAUCUGCUGCAAGACAAAUGUUUCAACAAAACUGCUCCAAUUCUGAGCCCACACUUCACGUCUCUACAGCAUCUCUAAACACAACGCCAAGUGCAGCAAAACCCCUGGACUCAAAAGCUAGGCUGCUUUCAAGUGCGGCCCCCAGCUCCACGUCUACACGCGGCGGCACUCGGCACGGAAAUAAAGCCCUCAGGUACUCCUCAGUCAAUCUGAAAAAUUCACCACCCACAGCCACCACCUCUUCAUCUGCGUCGACAGGGAACCAAAGUAAUGUCUGUGUAUCAGGUGCAUCUUCACGUCAAUCAGCAGACACAACACAACACGACACAGAUCUCAGUCGUAACGAAGCGCCUCGCGUACAUCGACCUGAUCGCAUGCGGGCAACAGACAGCAGAGUCUGUAAAGAAUCUGGUGUCGUUCGCAAUCAGGAAAGCAACUUCGCAACAACUCCAGUUGAAUUAUCUGAGCCGCUAAAUGUGUCAAAAAAUCACAACAGAGGUGGUGAUGCGAGCCCCCACCCUCCUAAAUCAACCAUUACUUACGAUACUGAAUCUGAUGAAAACAUAUUCAAUGGUAAUCUACUCAAUGAAUUAGUUGUGCGUGAGUCAAAUGACCAUGAAGAUUCAAAUCUGUCCCAGGUCACCAACCUUCAGAAUCACAUUUCCCUAAUUAAGUCAAGCAGCUCUUGUCUGCAGGGUUGCAUAAACACAGAACAACAAAGACUUGCACAUUGUCAAGGAUAUGCAGAAACAGGACAUGAGGGACACUGCGCUACAUGCCCACCAGUAAAAACAGCCCAGGAGACGGAUUCAAAUGCAGAGCAGUUUGCCGCGGGAGUCUCAGUCAGGCAUGCAAAUAUUAAGCUUAAAUCCAAUGCGGAUAAACAGACCUUUCCCAAAUACCCAACACCCACUCCCAAAGCACAGACAAACUGUGCGCCCAUCAUCUCAUCACUUGAAAACACUGGUGCACAUGUCGAGCACAUCACCGAACCUUCCGUCAACCAAAACUCUGAGUCAGGCCGUUCAUCCCAAAUACCACAAGCACACACAAGUCCGGAGCUUUCAUUCACUGCACCGGGCCCUGAACGAGGUUCCACGCCGCCGUCGUUGACGACGCACACGGCAUCCCUUCCCCGCCUCCGGUGCUGCGAGGCGAAGGCAAUCGUCAGACCGGAUUCGGAGUUUAGCCCUGCUCACCCCCACCCAGCCGCUAUGGCCCUGUUGCUGCCGCCCUCCCCACAGUGUCGCAAAUCAGCAGCCCUGCAGCAGAGGCUGGAGACGGUGGAGGCCAGCCUGGCAGCCAACAAGGACAGGAUCACUACUCUGCUCAACAUUAUCCAUGACCUGGAGACGUGCCACACUCCCACCGGCGGUCGGCGAAGCUACAAAACUGGACAGGACCUCAGAAACUGCUCAACCUGCCAGAAGACUGCUUGUAUUGUCUACAGUGUGGAGUAUGACUUCAGGCAGCAGGAAAGACGCUUCUUGGAAGUUUUGAAUCAUCCAGCAAGAGGAAAUAAUGCUUUCUCCGUGCACCUAUCCCAGCCCCUGAACUUCAGCCUGCUCCGAAAUGUCGUCAUUAAGAACUUAACAAAGUCAAAGGUGAGAAGCAAAAAGCUGUGCAAGACCCUGUUCAAGUGGCUGCCCAAGAAGAUCCAGCAAGUGUAGACCUCUAAACAAUACCUGUGUGCUGUUUCAUUGAUAGCCAUAAGCCUGUGUUUCAAGUGACCAGCAGAAGCCUUCACGGAGGACUCUAUUCCCUUCCUACCCAUAGAAUGAGAUUAGGCUCUUACCCGGUAGAGUUCCACUCUCCUGCACAUUGUCAGAGCUUAUUAACAUGAUUUUGUACUCAAAUUUGCCCCUGAUCUGUGUGACCUUCAGCUAGUUUCAUCGAAAAGGAAUUCAUAAUUUUACCUUUGAAAGUUAAUGUUAUUUUGUUGUCAACCUGCCUGCUUACAAUUUAUGGCUAACCAUAGCCACAGAUUUCUUAAUCAGACAUUCUGUUAUGCACAGUUCUGAUUAAUGCACUAUGAGUUACCAUUGAUGUUACAUUUCCCCUUCAACUGUCCCCCUUACCUGCUUCUCCUGAGACUAAAUGUGCAGCAUAGGACACGU